GUCAGAAUAUUUCAUUGGAACUUCAUCAACAACCCAUAUAGUAGAUUUAGAAAGUAUCAUUUCGAAUGAAAAGUUUUCUACUACCCUAAAGAAAGAAGGCAAAGUUAGACUUAUUUGGAUUCUUCUUGUUGAUGGUGGAUCCGAUGAAAACCUGAAGCAUAUAAAAAAUAUUAUUCAAUAUGCUCACCUUUCCGUGCUCUUAAUCUGGACUACUUGA